AUGUCGCGCUACGACGAUUACCGCUCCUCCUCCGAGAGACUGGAGCGCGUGCGGGAUCGCCGAUACUCUCGCGGCGCCGCUGUCCUCGACCGUCCUCCACGGAUGGAAGAAGACCGCUUCGAAUCCCGCUUGCACGAAACUGACAGAUAUGGUCCUCCUGCCCGCCGGUCGGACAGGCUCUACGAGGACGACCAUCUGAUCCACACCUCGGGACCACUGGUCGCCUAUGACCGGCCCCGCGGCGAGAGCCCACCCCCGCGCCCUCGCCUGCUCCGUCGCCAGUCCUCCCUAGACACAUUCGACCGUAUCCCCUCGCGCAAACUUGACGAGUUCUACUACCACGGACAUCUGCCUCCUCGGGACGCCCCUGCGCCGUCAAUCCCGCGAAGACGCCCCUCCCGGCGCCAUAAGGAAACCGACUACUAUGAAGACAUUCGCAUCGCGGAACCGGACUACUAUGGCGACGAGGAGUUUCGGGGCUUCCGGGAGCGGGAUCGAUAUGCGGGUCAUCCGCGCCGGUCGAGUGGUCGGGUCCGCGAGGAGUUGGUCGAAGAAAUUGCGUAUGAGAAACCGUACCCUCGCAAGGGGAAGACUCGUAUGCCUCGAAGACUGGUGCAUACUCAUGCGAUCAGGAAGCUGGGUUAUCCAUAUCAGGAGGAGGAUGAUCUGAUCACAAUCCAGCUGGCUCUGUCCAAAGAGCAGAUUGACGAAGUCAUCAGUCUCAGUCGAGAGGUCAAGCGCCAUGCGGAAACUCGGGUAGUACAUGCUCGUCGCUCACCAUCGCCGAUUCGUGCACGGCGCAAAGAGAGGACCGUCGAGAAACUCACAAUGGAGACAUACUCCCCUCGCGCAAGCCAUAACACACUGAUCAUUGAAGCGUCACCUUCCCGACACCGAUCCACGUCACGAUACCAAUCUCCCUCGCGAUAUCGUUCGCCCUCGCGUCAUUAUGAACUCAGCGAAAAGCGAGUUACGAGGGCUGUUUCCCGCACCCGCUCGAUAUCCGUUCAUGGCCGCCAUCGCCGCCUCUCGUCGCCUGUCCGGAUGAUGGAGCGGUUCGAGCCUGACAAGACUGGCACUUCCCCACUUGCUGUCGUGAUCCGUCCUCGGGACAGCGACGAAGACCUUCACGAACUCAGACGGCUGGAACUCGCGGAUAGAGAGGAGGUGAUUCGCGACACGGAGCGCCUGCUUCCGAAUGGCGAUGUCGAGGAAAUCACGGAAGUGAAGAGGGACCGCAGAGGACCCAAUCCUCGGAUUCUCCGCGCAAUGAUGGCAACCUUGACCUGA